UGCAAGUGAAUGGCUUUAAGGGGGAUGCUAACCGAUAUCUUAAUCAAUUUUCUUAUUCUUGAUUGGUUCUCGCAACUUUGUUCUGAGACAAAAUAUUUAGAAUUUAUAAACGAUAACGAUCUCGAUUCAUAAACCACGAGAUGAGCUGCACCCAUUCUACUGUACAGCAUAGUGUGACCCUUUGUUCUUUUAAUAGGUCAUUUGAUCCCAGGAGAUUUUGGUCAGAAUUAUCAGUCUAGCUCAUUCAAAAUGAAAGAAUUCCCAGGUAUCCACAAAACCAGGAAUGGAUCAAACUACUGUGCAAGCGGGAGUCUUAUUUCCAUCCCUGAAACGCAAGAUCUUGAUUUCUCGGGGACUUUUAAAUUUCAGGACAGCGAUCUUCAGGUCUGCUACUAUUUUAGACCGUCAGUAAUUUCUACCCGUUUGAAUGCAGAAUCGCUGGCCAAGCCGUUUUUAUCCCCCCCUCCCCUCAAAGUCCGUCAGUGUCCUUAGUGACUGAAACUGUCUUCCAGGAGAUCUGUUAUACCUUCUAGAAUCCAUGCCAUGUGUACCAGUUGCAAAUUUUGUAACAUGAAGCCUGUUUGUACAAAAGCUCCAAUCUCAGAAUUUUGGUCCAACCCCUGCACGAUAUCUGUGUGUGUGCAACAGAGCAGGCUGGCGAAUCAUCAACACCAUGCUUCUUCCUCGUGUCAAACGGAGCGAGUUAGUAAUGCCCUGUCACUGUUUCAAAGUGUUGAAAUAGGAAGCUGUGAUGAUGAAAUAGGGUUAGAUAUUAGGAGAUGGGAUGACGAGCGAGUCUGUAACCGGGUGCUUGUGGCGGCUGGAGAAGUUCAGAUCUUCUUUAUGCAGGCUUCUACUGCACUACUGAACAGCGAUCAGCAAUGUCAGAGAGCACUAAGCUGAAAAACCGUUCUAUGGAGAAUGGGGAAAUCCAGAUUGUACAGACACAGUACAGCUCAAUCUCUCCGCUGGACUCCCCCGAAACUGCAGAUGAGCCGUUCUCAACCUACUUUGAAGAGAAGGUUCCCAUUCCACAAGAUACCAAGCCUGGGUUCAGCUUUCGCAAGCUAUGGGCGUUCACCGGACCUGGGUUUCUUAUGAGCAUCGCUUACCUGGACCCAGGAAACAUCGAGUCUGACCUGCAGUCCGGAGCCAAGGCCGGCUUCAAGCUUCUCUGGGUCCUGAUGUCUGCCACGAUCCUCGGUCUGCUGCUGCAAAGGCUGGCAGCGCGCUUGGGGGUGGUGACUGGGAUGCACCUUGCAGAAGUGUGCCAUCGCCAGUAUCCCGCAGUGCCUCGUAUUGUCCUGUGGCUGAUGGUAGAGCUGGCUAUCAUUGGGUCAGACAUGCAGGAGGUCAUCGGCUGUGCCAUCGCCUUCAACCUGCUCUCCGCUGGAAGGAUUCCUCUGUGGGGCGGAGUUCUCAUCACCAUCGUCGACACCUUUGUGUUCCUCUUCCUUGAUAAAUAUGGUUUGAGGAAACUGGAAGCCUUCUUUGGGUUCCUGAUCACGAUCAUGGCCAUCACAUUCGGAUACGAGUACGUGACGGUGAAGCCGGACCAGGGGGAGCUGUUGAAGGGCAUGUUCUUCCCGUACUGCCAGGGCUGCGGGACCCCGCAGUUGGAGCAGGCUGUCGGUAUCGUGGGCGCAGUCAUCAUGCCACACAACAUCUACCUGCACUCCGCUCUGGUCAAGUCGAGGCAGAUCGAUCGCUCCAAUAAGAGCGAGGUCAAAGAAGCCAACAAGUACUACUUCAUCGAGUCGUGCGUGGCGCUCUUCGUCUCCUUCCUCAUCAACGUCUUCGUCGUGGCUGUCUUCGCUGAAGCGUUCUACGGGAGGACCAACGAGGAAGUGCAUGACGUCUGCACCAACAGCAGCAGCCCAUAUUCCAACCUCUUCCCUCUCAACAACCAAACACUGGAGGUGGACAUCUACAAAGGGGGCGUGGUGCUGGGCUGUUUCUUUGGUCCAGCAGCCCUCUAUAUCUGGGCAGUGGGCAUCCUGGCAGCUGGGCAGAGCUCCACCAUGACCGGUACCUACUCUGGACAGUUCGUCAUGGAGGGCUUCCUGAACCUCAAGUGGUCUCGCUUCGCCCGGGUCUUCCUCACUCGCUCCAUCGCGAUCAUCCCCACGCUGCUGGUUGCCGUGUUUCAGGACGUGCAGACCCUGACCGGCAUGAACGACUUCCUCAACGUGCUGCAGAGCAUGCAGCUCCCCUUUGCCCUGAUCCCAAUCCUCACCUUCACCAGUCUCAACUCGAUCAUGAGCGACUUCGCCAACGGGCUGCUGUGGAAGAUCGGUGGUGGGGUAGUGAUCCUGGUGGUGUGCUGCAUCAACAUGUAUUUCGUGGUGGUGUAUGUGACGAGUCUGGGGAGCUUGGUUCUCUAUGUGAUGGCGGCACUCCUGUCCGUAGUCUACCUCUGCUUCGUGGGGUAUCUGGCGUGGCAAUGUCUGAUUGCCCUGGGAGUCUCGUGUCUGGAUAUCGGAAGCAGGUAUCGUCUGGGACUAACGGCGCACUCUGACAUCUACCUGCUGAACGAUAUGGACAGCAACAUGUGUGUGGAACGAUAGCAGGGUUGGAGGGACGGUUCUGGGUGAGAUGGAGCCCCCCCUCCCCUCAGGAAAAUUAAAUAACGCUUCUGUUUCUCUUAUAGAGAUGCACUACUUCAUAACGCCUAAAAUUACUGGGACGCUCAGUCAGUUGAGAACUGUUUUUUUAUUAUAAUAUUU